AUGGCAAGUGCAGCUCUCGAUAAUCGUUCACCGGUGGCGGUAGUUGUGCCAGCAGCAGUGCCACCUCCUCAAUUCUCAGGCACUGAAGGGGCUUACAUGCUGCCUCACCAUGCGCAAGAGAUCGAGCGACUCGGCAGGCAACAUCACUUUAUGAAGUCGACGACCGACGGAAAAGUGCUUGUAGUUCCCGUCAUCAACCAGCGUGACUCUCUGACAGUACUCGAUUCUGGCGCCGCUGAUGGUCUUUGGCUUCGUGAUCUUCGUAGCCAGCUGCCGACGCACAAGCUUGAUCUCUUUGGCGUUGACAUUGGCUCAGCGUUAUUUCCCCGACAAGCAGCCCCCGGCGACUCUGCUGUGGACCUCAGAAGCCAUGACAUUCGCACACCGUUUCCAACCGAGUGGAAUUGGACGGACAAAUUUGACGUGAUUCACCAGCGGCUUCUCAUUUGGGGUAUCAAGUCUGCUGAAUGGCCGGCUGUCAUCUCUAACCUGGUUUCGUCACUCAAGCCUGGCGGCUACAUUCAGCUUGUUGAGGCGGAAUGGAUCAAUCCGAAGAAUCUCGCCGACGCGGUUUCGCGGCCGCAACUGAGGAAGCAAGCGGCUCUGCAAGAGUGGUCCACGGCUAGCUUCGGAAUGGACAUUCAUAUUGCAUAUAAACUUGCCGGCCUGCUGGCCGACGCCGGAUUGGAGGAUGUCGAGACAAUCCAGUACGACCACGGGUAUGGUGCGUUGGCUAGAGUAGAGAACCAGCGAGACGUCUCGGCGGAGCUUUGGGUUGAGUGCUUUCGCACCCUAGAUGAGAAGAUCCCCGAGGAAGGUAUUCCUGGGGUCGCUGCGAACGCAAAGGAGUUCCAUGAGUUCUUGGACGCUUUAGAGGUAGAGAUAAAGACUUAUGGGUACCAGCCGAAGCUGAACUUUGUAUACUGUAACGGUCUCAACUCAGUGUAUUGA